GAUGUGGGAAUCAAUUCCAAAGACAAAUUUUCUCGCGCCGCCACGGCAUCAGAGAGAGAAAGAGAGAGACAGAUGAAACGGGAGAGAGAGAGAGAGAGAGAGAGAGAGAGAAGAAAACAGCGGGACAAGUCGGAGCACACGUCCUAACCUAUCCUAACCUAUAAUGAUUGUGUCGAAUGGUCCGUCACGCAAUCCAAUGCAAUCGUAAAAAGCAAAACUAACCUAAAUCUCUGUCCGCUGCUGCAGUUCGCGACGCGGUCUGCCUCGGAUUAAUACAAUGAACGUGAUCGGCAAAUUAUGUCAAUUGAGGCCAGCGUUGCAAGCUUACAGAAAUUUAUGCCUCACACAUAUUAAAAAUGGUUACGAAGGACCUGGUAAAACCACCGUAACGUUCAUCAGUAAGGAGAUGGGCGCUCGAAUCUAUGUGACUCAUUGUGACCAGGUGGGAUUCACAUUUAAUACCGGAAUGAAAGUGUUGGGGCCAACAGUGCUGUUUCCUCGACACGCUGUCUGCUGGAACAUUGAGUCUGGCAAAUACAUAAACGAAGCGUCGCUUUCGUUGUUUACUGUUCUCGAGCCAAAGCCUGAUAUCUUAAUUAUUGGAUUGGAUGAUCACUACAAUUUUGAUUAUAUAAAAAAUCUUCGAAAAUGUGUACAAAAGCUUAAUAUCAAUACGGAAAUACUUCCCGUAUACAAUGCAUGCGCGGUGUUCAACUUCAUCAAUGAGGAGGGUAGAUUAGUUGUUGCAGCGUUGAUACCGCAAAAAGCACCUAAACAACCACUGAAACUACCGCGGCGUGAAGCUGCGAAACAAAUAACGAACUCUGAUAGUGCAGAAAAUAGCAAGACAGACAGUGCAAAAACAGAAAGUACAAGAAAUAGAUAGAAUACAUGGAGGUAUAUAUAUAUGAUAAUUUAAGA